CGCGUCGAGGGGAAAAAACGCGCGUUUUUUUCCGUUCUGUCGGUUUUUUUUUUGUGAUAACUUUAUCAGUGUUAUGUGUAUCACUGUUGACUGGUGUUUGUGAUGUGCAGUGUUUGAUGUGUGAAGGUAAUGAUUUUCAUGUAAAACGUAUUUUUUUAAUAUGCGGCACAAAAAAUACCCACAAAAAAUAACAGACAACUUAUAGUCAAAAUAUAUUUAUUUCUCGUACUAAGUGCAAUAUUUUAAUUUAACUAAGAGUUUAUACGAUUAAAAAUCAUUCGUUAAAACGGGUUAAACCUAAUCUAUAAAUUAGUGCUGUAUUAAAUUGUUUAAAAAAGAAAAAUUCAGUGCGUUCCAAAUUUAAAAAUAAAAUACUCAAUUACCACAGAUUAACAAUAGUCAGUCAGUGUUCUAAAUUCGAAUAAUGUCGCGGACUUUGCGUUCGGAGAAAAAACAUUCGAAAUAUGAACAUAGGACAUGUUGUGCGUGAUGUGACAUUAAAAAAAAAGUUAACUAAAAAUGUUGAGAUAGUGAAAAGGACAUUUUUAGACUGAAUUUUGACAUUAGAAUGAAGUAUUUAUGAGUGACUGUCGCGAGCAAGCCUGUGGGAUGUAUACCACGUGGUACAGCCGUGGGGACAGUGGUAUGCACCACCACCAAAUGGGGCAGCUGUACCACCACGGGCCCCCCAUGAUAAAGACUGAGGCUGGGGUCAAUAGUGACUGUAUGAUGGCGGUUGAUUAUGCACCUCCGAUUAAGAAGGCGGGCGCAUCAUCAGCGUUCGUGUGGAGCGGAGGGGGGGUCGCGGGAGGGGGGCAGGAGCAGCAGGCCGCGCAGCAAGCCGCCGUGCCUACUGGCACGUCAGGUGGCGGGGGCGCGCAGGGCCUGGUGCACUGGAUGUCAGUCAUGGCGGAGCACAUGGGAGGGGGGCAUCACGACCCCUCCCACUACGCCCUGCCACCCUGGAACAACGGUGGUGUAGACCACUGCCAACAGAAAGAUGGUAUGGAAUACGCUGCGUGGUCGAGGCCACGGGGCGCCAUGGCCAUCAAGCAGGGCUACGAGGCCAAAAUGAGUACGGGCGAUGGCACAGUGGGGCAUCAGAAAGCUGAUGACCGCCUCGGCCACCACCAGUCCAUGAGCCAGAUGCUGUACGGAGCUGGCCUGGGCCCUGGGCGAUCAGGGUCCUCAUCAUCAUCACCAGUGGGAGGCACCAACGCGGGCAGCGGAUUGCUGGUGGUACCCCAGCCCCUGGGGAAAGGACCCACCAAGCUGCAGCCCCUACACGCCCAUGCCAGGAAGUACCACUGCAAGAUGUGUCCCCAGGUGUUCGGUUCUAAAGCUGAUCUUCAACUACAUACUCAAAUCCACCUCCGUGAAGCCAAGCCGUAUCGCUGCACUCAAUGCCCGAAAGCCUUCGCCAACUCCUCGUAUCUAGCCCAGCAUUCCCGGAUCCACCUCGGGAUCAAACCGUACCGGUGUGAGAUUUGUCAGCGCAAGUUCACCCAACUAUCGCAUCUUCAGCAGCACAUUAGAACCCACACUGGAGACAAGCCUUACCGGUGCACGCAAAUCGGAUGCACCAAGGCAUUCUCUCAGCUGUCCAACCUCCAAAGCCACAGUCGCUGCCACCAAACAGACAAACCAUUCAAAUGCAACUCCUGCUAUAAAUGCUUCACGCAUGAAAAGGAUCUGCUGGAACACAUCCCCAAACACAAAGAGUCGAAGCAUUUAAAAACUCACAUUUGUCAGUAUUGUGGCAAGAGUUACACACAGGAGACGUAUCUUAGUAAGCAUAUGAAUAAGCACGCUGAAAGAGCUGACAAGCGGCCUCCAAUAUCAGCGUUAGGACUGAGUGGUCUAAAUAGAUCAUUAGGAGCCGCCGCGCCUACGGCCGCGCCUUUUGGGGACCAUCCGUAUUGGCCCAAGGUGAGUCCAGAUUCAGCGGCUCACAUGUCCGACGAUGGUGGGUACCACCAACAGCGAGAGAGUGACGACCACCACGAGCAGCAGCUGCAGCAGCAGAGGGCCUUGUUCGCUCAGCACGAGAGCCAAGACGACCGCAUCCAGCCCCCUGUGUCUUCGGCUGCAAACUCAGCGUUUACUCCCAUCAAUUCGAUGGCGCCCCAUCUCAACGGUUUGACGCACCACAGCGCGUUACCCACAAGACCGUACCUCUACGACCCGUUGCACUUCCAACAAGGAAAACAGCAGCCGAAUUCUUUCCCCAAUCAGCUGAUAUCCCUUCAUCAGAUUAGAAAUUAUGCUCACCAGCCUUCCGCACUCCUCCCGGCCGAACACAUCCUGCCUCAUGCUCUGUCCCACAAAGACAAGCAGUAAGAUCUUGCCGUUUACCCUAGGUACACUUACUUUAGUACUUACGAUGGUAUUAUUAGUCUAUAAAGUAUCGAAAUAUUAUUAAAGUGUUUAGAAUCUCUUGACGACAGUGGUAUUAAUGUAUGAAAUACGAAAUUGAUUUUAUCGUUAGUGAAAUGAAUUCACGUUAUUAGACUUAAUCGUGUAUCAAUACUCUGAAAUUUUGUGAGUAGAUAAAAAUUCUGAUUAUACAAAGUGAUUUCGGAUAUUUGGAUCAGCGUUAUACAGGUUUUUAGAUUAGUUGUCAUUAAAGCAGAUAUACUUGUCUCGUCUGGGACGAUUGGAUUGCCAGUUUAUUAGGAGUUUGAAAGCCAAAUAUAGCGUCAUCUUACGAGUCUGACAUCUGACUAUUCCUUUGUUCUGGCCAGAUAUACCUUCCCUGCUGCUUUUACGAAAACUAAUCUUUAAUAUUGAACAUAUUAUAUUUAUUGCUUUAUGAAAAACUCCUAUUUAAUUAAUUUCUGAAAGUAUUGUAACCAAAGGAGAAAAAUAUUUUUAGCUAAUUCCAGUUAUAAAUCAAAACGCAACACUAAAUUAUAAUAAUUAAUUUGACUCCAUUUUGCACAACCGUUUUGAUUGUGACUGUCUUUUUUAAUCCAAUUUACUUUUUUGUAAAACGAGAAGUUCCUGAUAUACAAAAUAUUUUGUAAUAGCAAUACCACGGGGUAAAUAAUUUCGAAAAUUCAUCAUUAUGAUUCUUUCCGAUGCAUUUUUAACGUAUAAGAAUGUACCUAUACUAAACAGAUCUCUUGAAGCUGCUGCACUCAGUUCCUAAUUAGAUCAUACAUUUUUAUUAUUUAGCUAUACUUCCUUGUCUACCUUACGAUCAUUAGGUACCUUGUUUUCGAGUUCUAGAAAAUAUGUUUCACCUUUAAUAACUUGAAUAUUUAUGAGGUAAAACAUAUUUUCUAUUUAUGUAUAAUUUUAAAUUAUAUAUUUGUAAAAAAAUGUUGAGUGGCCAAAUCGCUUUUUUAUCUAUAACAUUGGGUAUUGAAGGCGCUCUGUGUACAUAUAUUGUAAAUAAAUACGGUACAUUUUUGAGAAACCUUGAAAUUUAUCAAAAUAUUUUUUUUUGUUUAGUCUUAAAUGCUUAUGCUCAAUUAUAUUAGCAGUAAGACAGUCGUGGUAGCUCUCAGAUCAGAUGUUAUAAUGUAUAAUUUUGAAAAGCUCGAAAGUUCCAUUUGCUGUAAUUAAACCUGUACAUCAAUUAAUUUUAGCAUAAUUUUUGUCAUGUAUACGAGAAUUGUUAUUUUUGUUUUUUUUUUAUAGAAGACACAGUAGUCGUUUAAAAUUGAAAUGUGAUAGGAGUGGAAUGGGGAGAAUGACAUAUUUUUGGAGGGAGAUCUUUCUUCUGAAUGCUUUUAGAAUUAAAAUUGUUAGGUUGUGGUUAUCGAGCGGGGCGUGGGUUCCAUAGGGUUACCGAACAUAAAUUAUUGUUUCUGAACUUCAAGUGGAUUCAGAAUCCCGAACUGGGGGGCUACCAUGAAACAUAAAAUACCUUCCACACGUAUCUUUUUUUUCUGCUGCAUGCUGCGUACACGAUAUGAUAAAAAGAGACAUCAAAUGGAUGUUGGUAACGUGGCUACCUAUUUGCAUGUUUCGUGGUAGACAUGUAAUUUUGAUUUUUAAAUUUAGAGUAAAACUAUUUGUUUUGCUGUUGUAUCGCAUUGAGCUAUAUUGUUUCUAAUGUAAAACUGUAAAAAUGACCGAAGUACUUAAUAUUUUAACCCUAAGGGAAUCAUAAAGGGCUGCGUAACUUGGAAUUGUGCUCUAAAGCACACAAUAACCCAGUGUUUAAAUUUUUGAUCAUAUUAUUUGCAAUCAGAAAUUGUUUUUUGGUUUUAUUCUGCGCGUACGCAGGCCUUUAGUGACGUCACAUUAGCCAAAUGUUUUUAUUUGUGUACAAAAAGUUCUUUGUUUUAAGAUAUAAUUGUACGGCAAUACUUAAUUCUUCCGAAUUGUUAUUAGUAUGAUUGUAAAGGUGCACUUUUUAAUGUAUAGUAUAACUUCAUGACAGUGAGCUAAUAUAGUAUAUACCCAAAAAUUUCGAACUAUCAUUUGUUUUCAGGGGAAUCGCCAAUAUCUCUCUAUUUUAAGUAGAAAUGUGAUAUUGUACUUGAUUUUUUUUUUAGUUAAGUGUAAACUUAUUAUGAUUUAAAACAUUAUUUUUGUAAGUAAUUUCGUUUAUAGUUUCGCGUAAAGUAGCCUUCGAUUAAGUUUAUUAGAUGAAAAUGAACGAAAUCAUUCUUUUUUGUUACUUAAAAUCGAUUAAAAUUACAACUAUGCCAAGAAUUA